GCAGGGGCGAAGGUCGUGGGCAGAGACUGCACCGGCACCAGCACCAGCGCCAGCACAGCUCGGAGGGCCCUGGACGCCGGGCCCGACCCGACCCCCACCGCCCGAGAUGGGGGCUUGGGCCCUGCUGCCGGCUCUGCUCCUGGCCCUGGCCCAGGCUCAGGGCUGCUCUGUGAACCAGACCCUCUUUCAAAUCGAGGAGAACACGGUGCUCAGUGGGCCCCUGGUGGACAUUGAGGUCCCCCAGGGCCAGCAGGUGACCUUCGGGCCCUUGUCCACCCCCCACGCAUUCCGGAUCCAGGGGCACCAGCUGUUUCUCAAUGUGACCCCGGACUAUGAGGACAGAACGAUGCUGCUGGCAGACCUGGAGUGCAGGCGAGGCGACACUGUGGUGAGCCAGCUGAAGGUCUUUGUGACCGUGCUGGACGUCAACGACAACCCUCCCGUGUUCCCCUUCAAGGUCAAAACGAAGAAGGUGCCCGAGGACACGAAAGUGGACACCAUCGUCAUCCCCCAAGAGGAGCUGGCGGCCACGGACCUUGACAAAAGUGACAUCUUGUUCUAUACCCUCCAGGAAGUGACGCCGGGUGCCGGGAGCGUCUUCUCCCUCGUGGGCACCAACUUCCCUGCCCUGCGGCUGGCCCAGCUGCUGGACUUCGACAGGAGUCAGAACAUGACCCUGCAGCUGCAUGUGCGGGACACCCAGGACGAGAGCGCUGUGCCCAGCCACAGCGCCACGGCCACCCUGGUCCUGGAGGUGCAGCCCGCGGACCGGCGGCCGCCCUGGUUCCUGCCCUGCCUCUACUCAGACCUUCUCACCUGCGUCCAAGCCCAGUACCAGGGGGCCAUCCCCACAGGCCACAAACUGCCAGCCCCUCUCACCCUGCGACCUGGGCCCAUCUAUGCCGUGGACGGGGAUCGGGGCAUCAACCAGCGGAUCAUCUACAGCAUCCUGAGGGGAAACGAGGAUGGCACUUUUGUCAUCAACGCCGACUCGGGCAACCUCACCAUGGCCAGGAGCGUCCCCAGUCCCAAGACCUUCCUCUUGCUGGUCAAGGGUGAGCAGGAGGACCGGGCCCGGUAUUCAGUGACCCAGGUCACCAUAGAGGCCCGGGCCGCCACGGGGAGCUUGCCCCGGUUCCCGCAGAGCCUGUACCGUGGCGCCGUGGCUCUGGGCUCUGGUGUGGGCGUGGCGGUCAAGGAUGCAGCGGACCCCUCCCAGACCCUGAGGAUCCAGGCCCAGGACCCCGAGUUCCCAGACCUCAACUCGGCCAUCACUUACGAAAUCACCAACAACUCCAACUUCCGGAUGGACGGGGAGGCGGUGCUGACGGCCGCCCCGCUGGGGCAGGCCGGCGUCUUCUAUGCGGAGGUGCAGGCCAAGAACACGGUGACGGCCGGCACAGCGACCACAGUGGUGGAGAUCCAGGUCUCCGAGCAGGAGCCGCCCCCCACAGGCCCCCCAGGUUCCCCAACACCCCCAGAGACUGGAAGAACAACCCGGCCCUCAAGCAGCUCCACUUCGGAAGCCCCCAGGCCCCCCGUGCCUUCUCAGGGACCCUCCACGACCAGCUCUGGGGGGACCACGGGCCCGCACCCCCCCUCAGGCACCUCUACUCCGGAACCCCCCACACCUUCUCAGGGACCCUCCACGACCAGCUCUGGGGGGACCACGGGCCCACACCCCCCCUCAGGCACCUCUACUCCGGAACCCCCCACACCUUCUCAGGGACCCUCCACGACCAGCUCUGGGGGGACCACGGGCCCGCACCCCCCCUCAGGCACCUCUACUCCGGAACCCCCCACACCUUCUCAGGGACCCUCUACGACCAGCUCUGGGGGGAGCAUGGGCCCGCAUCCCCCCUUAAGCACCUCUACUCCCGAAGCCCCCACGCCCCCCACACCUUCUCAGGGACCCUCCACGACCAGCUCUGGGGGGAGCAUGGGCCCGCAUCCCUCCUCAGGCACAACUCUGAAGCCAUCUGCCUUGUCCACCACGCCUGGGGGGCCCUCGAGUGUGGGAACCAGCACUUCCCCCUCAUCAGCCACAUCUAGUGGGGGCUCACAACAGACCUCAAAGCCAGGCUCGACUGGGGCUGGAGGCACUGGGGACGGUGGCCACGCGGAGGACCAGCGCUUCUCGGCUGUGGAGAUGGGGGUCCUGGGCGGGGUGCUGGGCUCCCUGCUGCUCCUGGCGCUCCUGGCCCUGCUGAUCCUCUUGCACAAACACUACGGCCCCUGGUUCCAGUGCUGCUCCAGCAAAGCCCUGGAGGCCCAGCCCUACGGCUUCGACAACAAGGCCUUCCUUCCCGACGACCGCGAGCCCAGCUGGGCGCCGGCCCCCAGCCCCGGCCCCGAAGGCACCCCAGCCGAGGUCCCGCCCGAGCCCCCGGUGCCCCCGCCGCCCACGCCCCCGUUGCCCGCGCCUCCCGCGCCCCCCUCCUCGCCGUCCCCCAGCCCAGCCCCCGAGUCCCCCACCGCGGCCCGGGACGAGGGCGGGCCGGCGGGCGUGAGGUCCAUCCUGACCAAGGAGCGGCGGCCCGAGGGCGGCUACAAGGCCGUGUGGUUCGGCGAGAACAUCGGGGCAGAGGCCGACGUGGUGGUGCUCAACGCGCCCGUCUCGGACGCGGACGGCGCCGGCGACUCCGGCAGCGAAGGCGGCGACGGCAGCGACGACGAGGGCGCGGACGCAGGACCUGGCUGGGGACCCCGCGCCGGUGUGCCGGGCACCGACUCCACCUACAUCUAGCGCCCCGGGGGCGGCCACCCACGCCCCCCUCCCCC